AUGAAAGCAUUAGUACAAUGUGCUGGUGUGGUGCAUUUGAAUCUGAAUUUGGAUGCCGAAAGCCACUCAGUUACCCUUGUCGAGCAAUUCUCAAAGUUUCAAGAAGACUCUGUUGUUUCUCUGCAGUCAAAUGACAAAUUUAUCCUUUCAGCCCACUCAUCAGGAGACAUUAGAAUUUUUUCCUGCGACCUUACUUCAGAGAAAUUUCAGCUAAAUGCAUCAGGCUUGAUUUGUUCAGCAAAAUUAGCAGCAAACCAAAUUAUUGCCGGGGGCAAAGAAUUAGCCUUGCGAGUGUGGGAUAUAAACAACCAUGGUUCACCGAUUUUCACUGCUAAAAACGUCCGCUCUUCUGUUCUGGAACUUUCUGUCCCCAUAUGGAUUGCUGAUGUUAGUGUUGUACCUAAGUCUAAUGGAAAGCUCAUAUUAACUGCCUCGAGAUAUGGUGAGUUGGACAUAUACGAUCUUCGAUGUGGCCAACGUCGACCUGUUGCUCGUCAUGCAUGGCGUACAAGUCGCAAACAUGGAAAACUUCAUGUUGGUUCCGGAAAGCACAGUGCAGUGCUUCCGGAUUUGACCACUACUAGACCAAUCACAAAAGCAGUGGCUUACGAUAACUCUCCAGGCAUAGGAUUACGUGUUGUUGCUGCGAAUGCAGUUGGUGAAUUAUCUGUUUUGGAUUUAAGACUUCCUCCAGAAUAUUCUAAUUUGAAUUUCUCUGAUGGCCCUGGUGUUAUACCAGUUAGAAGCUACGGAUCUCGAGCACCUGACCCACCUUCUGGUGUUCGAUGUCUUGCUGGGGCUUCAGGUUGUAUAACGCACUUAGUAUGUAGUGGAACUGAUGAAGAAAAUGCAUUUCCGUUCAUGGAAGCAGCUGUAAAUAGUGAACCAGUCAUUGUAGCAUCUUCACUAGAUCGGUAUUUGCGAAUUUAUAAUCGCGAUACUGGAAAGCGUCUUGGAAAGAUUUAUGUAAAAGUCCCUGUAACAUCAUUUCUUGUUCGUAAAAAUGCAAGCUUUGCGAAUAUUGAAAACUUUUUAAAGAAAGACGAUAUUAGUGUUUUAAACGAAGAAAAAGUUGAAAGUUCUCACGGCAUAUCUAAGACAGAACAAAAAGAAUUUGAAGACUUGUGGAAUCAAAUACCAGUUGUCGACAACGAUAAUGACGGUGUUAAUGAAGGCUGUAAAAGGACCACUGGGCUAAAAAUUGGUAAACGGAGGCGCAAGAAGUAA